GUUUUAAAAAACCCAUUCUGCAGCAGAAUGUAACUUGCAGAAUAUGUUACUCCUGUAUCAUCCCAUGUGUUUUCUUGUUUGCCUGAUAGAGCCCCAUUGUUUGGGAGAUGAAUAAAGCACAAUUUUUCUUCUAGCAUGAUGGUGUUUGGCGAAGAGACACUUUGUGUCCUCAAGUCCAAGGACUGUCAGCUUCUACUCUUAAAGUGGAGCGGAGAAUUCAAGCGGAGGAGGAGGGCGAGCUCUGCUCUGCUCUUCACCUCCUGUCCUGUUAUAUCUUUCUAAUUCCUCUCUAUUUCUCUCCCCCACCAACGAUUUUAUUUGUCGCCUGUGACAGAAAAAGCAGCAGCUCUACAACGGUGACAUAGGUAAGUGCCGCCCUCAGAACCCUUCAGUUCUGCCCUUCAGCUGUGCCUGGCCUUGGUAAUGUUAUUGCCAUGUGCCACUUCUGGGUUUUUCAGAGCUUUGGAGCUUCAACCCUGAACACAUCACACAAGCACAGCUUUCAAACAAGCACCUUUUUCAGACCAAUGCUUUGCACUGUGUACAUAUUUUGAACUGCGGUGUGCUGAACAACAUUAGAAACAUCAACAUUGAGCUCCUUCGAGCAACAUUAGAAAAGUCAAGACCUGUUCUCGCCAUGUGCUGUAACAUCAGGUCGAGAUGCAAGAAUGCUUGGAGGUGGAGUAUCCCACCUUCGAUCCCUGUAUGCCCACUUAGGGUCAUCUAACUAUAGUGAUUGUGGCGCCUUGUUAAGGGCAUGCAUUAAGCUGCCCAAGGAAAGUUAACAGGAAUUUCAUUAUACGUCAGGUGCCACUAGCCUUAAACUCAAUUAGAACGGUCAUGCUGCUGCAGUGUGAUCGGCUGAGGUCUCAACUGGUGUGCUUUUGUUGUCACUCUUUGCUUGUGACCAGAAAUACAGCGGGCAUCACUGCAGCUUUUUCAUUCAAAUCUGUUGUUUUUAUAUGUUGUUCAGCGUUUAAGUGCAGAUAGUUGUGGCUCACUUUUCUGACCACAAUUUUCAUCAACUAUGACUGUUGCCUAUAAUGUAGGCCUGGGGUAACCGAUGAACGAGUGCUUAAAGCACUCAGCUAGUUUUGUUUUUCAGUAACCACUUAGUACUGUAUCAGUUGAGUGGGUACACUUCUUUACUUUAAGUCCUGGUUCACAAUUCCUGCCCACGUGCAUUUUGAUUUGACUAAUUCAUGUUUUUCAUCAGUCUUCACCUCCAAGAAUGGAUCCAUCCAGACCAUACCCAGCCUGAACAAACGGCUCAAAUCAGUCACCGACACUGUUAUUGGACUGCAGUACAUAUGGGAGUAUCGAAGCCCGUCUAAGUCGGCUCCUCCUCAUUACCAGUGUAAACUGUGUGUAGUCCAGCAGCUGCAGAAUGAAAUAGCUGCUCACAUCACAGGCUGGAAGCACAGCUUCAGAUACAUGAAACAGAACCACAAAGACAAGGUUCCUUAUGAGGAAGAGGAUGCGCUUAAAGAUCCAACCACCAGGAAAGCCAUUAAAGCUGCUGCUGCUGAAGUUGAAAAAGCUGAGGGAAGAGGUCAAAUUAAGAUGGUGCUAAAGGAGCCAUGUGACGUUAUGGCCUUUCAGGGCAUGAAGUCCGCACAACCCAAUCUAGGGUUUACAGGAACUGGCAUUCUUGGGCCCCCUCCCAGAGGCAUAAAACACGGUUAGUGUCUCACGAGUGUGUUUGUUUGUGUUG